GUAUUUGCAAGUGAAAAGUGAAAAAUAAAAAGUGAUAGAAAUAAAUAGUGAAAGUGAAUAAAAAGUGAAAAAGUGUUGUGAAGCCAUUCAAGAUAAUCUUUGUUCUAAGUUUGAGUCUCUUUUAUUUAUUACGAUUACGUUGCUUUGAUGACCUAAGAAAUAUUUCAAUUCAAAGUUUGCUGUAAUUUGAUUAUAACUUUCCUAGAAUCAACAAUAAAGUAUAACACUGACGUGGCAGUAAACUUUCGGAAAUUCCCAGCGAUUGAAACUUAAUUUGCAUUGAGUCGAUAGAUAGAAUAUGACUAUCAACAUCGUACAAAUCAGUGCAGGGGUAGACAUUAAGUACCGCUUGCCAUCGGUUAAGGACACCGUGUAUCGUAAUGGGAUACAGCGGACGGACACUGAAGUCCGCGUUGAUGUUUUAAUUAAUUGAUCAAUUGUCACGCGUGCACGAUUACGGACUUCCACACUAGUGGAGACUGAACAGAAUAUUAACGGCAUUCUACGCGUACGCCAAUUGUUUCAGCAGUUAUUGUUUAUCCGUUGAUGUGAGCAGAACCAGGGAAAAAAAAUCAUAUCGACACUUAAACACGACACGGGCUUAAAAAAGUUUUUGAGGUGGUGAAAGGAGUUUUACUCGAUAAUUGAUCGAAUACUUUGUCAAAAUGGUGGAAAGAUCUGUGCUAACGUAUGUGUUAGUUUUUAAUAUGCUACUACAAGUUUAUGUGCAAGGUGCAAGAGUAUCAUUCACCAGGGAUGAUGUUGAAAGUGACGACACUGAUUUAGCGAUUAUUAAAGGUGCUGUUAAUCUAGGACGCGACAUAACAGGUUUCUUGUUUGGAGGAAGAUCAUCGAGGAGAAGGACAACGGUCAAACCUAACACAACACUGCAUCCGGAGAAUCCGCAUUUAAUUGGUAACAGCGGAGUAAAUGGACUGUCAGCCACAUCUACCGGAGCCGGUACGCAAACCUUGAAUCAACAUGGUCUAUCUGCGUCUGCGGCCAAUGCUCAAUCUGCAAGCGUGAAUGGUGGUCAUAAUGGGUUCGGAAGUUCUGCCGCUAGUGCUGGGGCAAACUCGAUAACUACAUCAGGAGGACAAAAUGGAUUUACGGGUAGCGCAUCCGGAGCGGCAGCUAACACGCAAAGUUUCACCGGAGGAUAUGGAGGGUCUAGUAUCUCCGCGUCAGGAGCAAGCGCCAAUUCAGUGAACUCAGCUGGUGACCAAACCGGUCAAACGGCCUCGGCAGCUAAUGCUCAGUCAACUAAUAUCAACUCCGGAUAUCCUGGAUUCGGACUCUCGGUUUCGAACGCGGGUGCCAACUCUGUCAAUCACGGCUUCGGGUCGGGUCUCGGAACUGCGGGAAUCAGCUCUUCAGCGGCGAACGCACAAACAACAAGUAUAAACUCAGACGGGUUUGGAGCUUCCGCUGCCAAUGCAAAUGCUAACAGUAUCAAUCAGCAAAUAGGAGGAUUCGGUGCAUCCAGUUCCAACGCGAAUGCUAAUAGUUUUACGCACGGAUUCAACUCAAACGGUUUUGGGAGUAGCGCAGCCAAUGCGCAAUCAAAUUCCUUCCAGAGCACGAGUCCACUCGGUUCAUUUGGUGCGUCCAAUUCUGCGUCGCAUUCGCAAACGCUCUCCGUCGGUGCGGGUGGUAUCUCCGGAUCCACGGCCAUCUCGGGUAGUCAGACUUAUCGUGUGCCCUACUACAAGGAUAUUACGUUAUCCUACUCUAGUGGGUAUUCGACCUCGGGUGCUGGUCGAAACCCGUCGUUCGCAAAUGGUAGUACAUUUACGUUCAGUUAAUUUGUGUAUGAGUGCCCUAACAGAUUAGGUAUUUAUUCGUAAUUAAUUUUAUAGUCAGCUGAUGAAGGAAAUAAUAAAUCAUUUUAUUAUCAAAUGUAUCGAUUGGAAUCGGAAAAGAUUUUUCUGGUUUAUCAAA